UAACCACUAGAAUGGAUGCAAAAACAGAAGGACAGCUCAGCAAUAAUAGUUCUUGAUUCCGAUGAUGAGGACGAAUACACGGAAGGAUGUGAACAGCUCACAUCUGAGAACAAUAAAGAACAGGCACCAUCUGGACCCACUAGUCCUUACACGACAUGGAUUGUAUCCAGCACGAAAGACCAAGUAAAUGGAACCUUGCAUGUUGAUGGAGUCCAAAGCACUCAAAUUGUUCCAUAUGGUCAAAAUGCACCGUUAAUAAAUCAGUUCCCUUUGCAAACCAGCUGGCAACCAUCUAUCCAAUAUGAAAGGGUUAUAUUGCAGAAAAGACCUGAGGAGCAACGCGUUCAAGAUCUGGUGGCAGCAAGCCAUGCAGAGAAGAUAGCAGAAACACAAGUUCUCCUUACUCUUCCUACUCUUCCUACUGAGAGAAAACGAAGGAAAACAGAACCCACCACCCUGGUAGAUGUUGAUGGUGGAACUAACCUAGGAAAAAGAAAAAGGAAAAAUCAUCAAAAUCAAGCAGCAGUUGAUUCAAACUUGGAUUUGCAACAAAAUGAUGUUCCUUCACAAAGCUACAGGACUAUGAUAGAAGAGGAGAAACCUGUAAAAGAAAGUGAAGGUCUCGAGGAUCUUUGGAAAGAUUUUUCAUUGGCUGCUGAAUGUACAAAGCUUGAUACAAAUGAAGACAUGUCCAAUGAAAAAGAUGUGGAUGAUGAAAAUGAGAUGGAUGAUGACUGCAAUCAUGACAUUCGGAUUCAUGAAGAUCUAGGCCACGUAUGCCGUAUUUGUGGCAUGAUUGUUAGAAAGGCUGAAACAAUAAUUGAUUAUCAGUGGAAAAAGGCUUCAAGGACAAGAACAAAUUACUAUGAAUCACGUUCAAAGGAUGCUGAUGAGAUUGAUACUGGUGCUGUUAAAGUUUCCGAAGAUUUCAUUGUCUCUGAUAUUGCCAUUCAUCCAAGACAUGCGAAGCAAAUGAGACCACAUCAGUUGGAAGGAUUCAGCUUCCUGGUCAAGAAUCUAGUCGGAGACAAACCUGGAGGUUGCAUUCUAGCUCAUGCUCCUGGUUCAGGGAAGACAUUUAUGCUCAUAAGUUUCAUUCAAAGCUUCUUAGCAAAGUAUCCUUCUGCAAGGCCCCUUGUAGUGCUUCCGAAAGGGAUUGGGAUGUUUUCAAUGUAA